UGCACGGCGUACGAAUGCCAUGAUGCGCGCUAUUUUUCUCGCACGUGGGUGACAGGUGAACGUCGCUGGUAAAUAUUGACAAGCCACAAUUUGUCCACAGUCACGGCGAGCGGUUCGAAACCAAAACAAUCCACGAUGAGUAGCCAAAGUACGUACUUCUACGAGCUGGUUCGCAAAACGGAAGAUGAGAUAGAUUUGACGCUGAAACAAACGCCAAAUGUUUUCACCGAUAAGGACGAGAGUGAUCGGUUGUUAAUCCACUGGGCAGCACUCGGUGGACGGGAGGCGCUUGUACAGUGUGCACUGGACCGGCAUCCAACUCAGCUGGAUGCGGAAGAUGAUUCCAAGUACACGCCACUUAUACUGGCCACCCUCGGUGGCCAUCUGGCGGUGGUGACGCUGUUAACAUUACGCGGCGCUAACCUCAACCAUCGCAACAAGCUCGGCCAUUCAGCCCUGCAAUACUCCUGCUCGAAAGGGUUCUUACCGAUCGCCAAGCAUCUGGUAGAGUUCGGUGCGAACGUUAACGUACUGGACGGUCUAAAUGAAACACCUCUGCACCGUGCUGCUACCCGCGGUAGCGAAGAACUCGUAACACUGCUACUAGAGAACGGUGCAAACCCGAACGUACAGAACAGCGUCGGCAACACACCGCUGCAUUUGGCCUGCGAGGAAGACCAACGUUGUUGUGCCCUGCGACUGCUUAAGGGCGGUGCCUCCACCUUCGUAGAGAAUCGGGACGACAAAACACCACUGGAUCUGGCAACGCGUGCAACGCAAACGGCACUCGCUAAUGCCGGACAGCCGAGUUGAUUUCGCUAAAGCGCAAAAAACGCGUACUGAGGAGUCAUCUUUACACUUACACUUUUAACACGCAUUUAUUCCGGACAGCGAUUUGGGACACGUGUCAAAACGCGUUAAAAUAUAUUUUAUUUUCACCCUUAAAACACUUCACUUUCCCGCGUU